AUGGCUUCCUCGGCACCGAAGCGACGAAUUCCCGGCCUACCGAAUCCGGUAUUGGAAGCAGAGCAGCAAAAAUGGCUAUUCACCGAGGAAGAAUUCGAGCGCACGCCGUCGCGCAUUGAUAAGAUCGAACGCGGGAAAGAGGACUACAUCCGGCACCGUGCAGUCGAGUUCAUCUGGCAAGUGAGCGUGAUGUUGAAGAUGCCCCCGCAGACUUCAAUGACCGCCACGGUGUACAUGCACCGCUUCCUCAUGCGCUAUUCGUUGAUGGGCCAAUAUCCAGAGAUGGGGUCGGACCUGAUGCACCCGAAGGUGAUCGCCGCGGUGGCCCUGUUCGUCGCGUUCAAGGUGGACGAGGCCAUGCGCCGCAUGAAAGACUUUGUCAUCGCAUGCUGCCGCGUCGCCAUGAAGCAGCCGAACCUGAUCGUCGACGAACAGUCCAAGGAUUACUGGAAAUGGCGAGACCUGAUCCUGCAGAACGAGAGCGUCAUGCUUGAAUACCUCUGCUUUGACCUGCAGGUCGAGUCCCCCUACCGCAUCCUCUGGGACUACUCCGUCUUCCUAGGCGUCGGCGAAAACAGAGCUCUACGACACUCCACCUACUCCUUCCUCAACGACUCAACCUACACCGUCCUCUGCCUCCAAUUCCCACCCCGCGUCAUCGCCGCCGCGGCCCUAUACGCCGCAGCUCGGCACUGCAAAGUCGCCUUCCCCGACGACGCCGAAGGCCGACCCUGGUGGGAGCAGAUCGACGUCCACCUCGACGACCUCGUCCGCGCCUGCACCUUCAUCGUCAAGAUCUACGAGCGCGUCCAGCAAAGCCUCAGCAAGGGCUACCCCGAAUUUGCAAUUACAGACUCAACCUCCCACCCCAACGACCCAACCCGCAUCUUCGACACCGAUCCCACAAAAUCAGCCUCAGAGCAACAAUCCACCUCCACCCCUCCAACCCUCACCGUCACCCCAGACACAACAUCCAAUGGCCGCAAACGCUCACGCGAACCCGAAUCUCACCCCAACACACACCACCCAUCCUCCCCACAAAACAAACCCCCAACAACCCUCAACGGAAACGGCGACUGCGAACGAUCCCCAAAACGCCAGCGCACCAUAACACCCUCCCACGAAGCAAUCCCCGACCAAAAAACAAACCCAGCCCCACGCGUCCCCGCAGCCGCAUUAUCCCAAACAAAAGCCACGCCGCAAUUUAACUCCCUAUCAAUCGCGGAGAAGUCGUCAGGAUCAAACGCACAACCUUCAAAAGAAGAGUCCAUUGAAGAAGGCGAACUCCGUGAAAAACAACACGUCGUUCCAGUCGCGCAUCCUCCUCUUCACCCGUCUACGGAUGUGGAUUGUCGGAGUAAAUUAGACUCCCAGCUCGAGGAGGGCGAGGCUGAUGAUGAUGGUGCUGGAAGUGAAGAAGGCGAGAUAUAG